UCAAGUAAGAGACAGAGGGGGAAAGGAAGGUAAAACGACGAGUUUAGGAGAGGUAGAUCGUGUAUUUAAUGUUUCAAAACAUUACCGUAAGCCUUUAAUCAGCAAAAACGCAAAAAGGAGUAUUCAUUGAAGUAUCCCAACCUUGUUAAGAAAGAAAAGUCCAAGAAAAGUACGCCGAUUCAUAUGGGGGAAGUCCCCAGGAAAUCCCCGAAAACGAUGGAAUAAUUAUUGUGAAAUUGAAUGCACCCUGCAGUUGACCUUCUAGAAUAGAUAGUCGGAGGAUUUAUGUUGUUGAGCCCACAGCAACCUACAACGUUUACUAAACCCACGAAGAAUUAAAACGUCCGAUUCUGAUGGAAUAGUGGACAGUGGCAAUACAGCUAGCUGCCAGCGCGAAGGUUCUAGUUUUGGGGAUACAGCCUAAACGAUUUGCAAUGGAAAACUUCAAGAAGGAAAAUGAGACGCUGAAAGCCAAACUCCAGAGUUAUACUACUUUAAAUACUUUUUAUCACGAAACGCGUCAGGAAAUCGCUUCUCUAAAACAACAAAUGGGCGUGAAGGAUAAUACUAUUGCGGACCUCAAAUCGAGACUGGGACGAUACGAGAAAACAGCCGUUCAUUUGGAAGGAGAAGAACCUCUUGUGUUUGGGCCCUCGAAAUCUUUAUUCGAGAAUUUGUGCCAGGAAAUCACCAAACAUAAACAGAGAUUAAAAGACGUGGAGACGCAAUCUGCUCAACGAACGGAGGCUUACCAACUAGAGAUCGCGCAGCUGGAGCAGUUGCUGCGCGAGAAGGACCAGGAGCUCGCCAGGAUCACGCGCUGGCCGCAGCACCAGAAGGACCUGGAGAUCCAGCAGCUGCAGCGCUCGCUGGCGGAGAAGGAGCGUGUGCAGGCCACCAGGGCGGUGCUGUGCACCUCACUGGCUGAGGAGGCCGAGCAGCUGAGGACCCAGCUGGGGGCCACGGUGGGGGUAUGCCAGGAGUUGCUGAGGAGGCUGGAGGGGAAGAAGCAAGAGGGGGGGUCAGAGGAGAGCCAUGUUCACCCCCAGCCGUCAGGCGAGUGUACAGAGUCUGCAAAUGCUGCCCAUCUGAAUUCCCUGAUGUGUAAACUACAAGAGGAAAACAAAGUGCUGAAACAAAGAGUGGCUUAUGUGGAGAGCCUCAACGCUAAGUGGCAGAAGUAUGACCUGAGCAGGGAGGAGUACGUUAAGGGCCUGUGCCAGAGGCUGAAGGGCUCGAGCCCGCUGGGGGGGAAUCUGGGGCCGGCCGAACCCCCCAUGAUGCAGCAGGAGAUCCUCAGGCUGAACCGGCAGCUGGAGGAGAAGAUGGCGGAGUGCGCCAGGGCAGGACGGGAGCUGGAGGACGUCAGGAAGAGGGACGGGGAGCACAUCCAGAUGCUGGAGCAUCAGGUGCUCACCUAUGUGGACGACUUCAAGAGCGAGCGUGCGGAUCGGGAGCGAGCGCAGAGCAAGAUCCAGGACCUGGAGGAGAAAGUGAUGCAGCUGAAGCUGCAGCUCCGCGCGCAGGACGGGAAAGACGCGCCGGGCACCUGUAGGGUGCACGCCGGCUGCCGGAAGGCCACGCGCCCUCAGACGGACGCCAUCGCCGCCGGCAACACCGCCCCCGCCGCCGCCGUCGCCGUCACCGAGCCGUCGGUGAGGAAGCCCGCCGACCAGCCGGGGAAGAAGCACGCGAGCGGGCAGCCGGUGCCGGGGUCCGUCCGGACCGAGUGCAGAGCCGGCACGGACCUGCAGUGCCCGCGGUGUCUGGUGACGUACGGCGAGGACCAGAUCGCCGCCUUCCUCAAACACUGCUCCGAGUGCGCCAACUUGUGACAGGACAGAGCGGAGCAGGAAGCAGGAAGCGGAAAGCAGGAAGCGGGAACAGGAAGCCAGGAGCGGGAGAGCGUCCCAAAGCCGGAAGCUGGAAACAGGAAGCGGAAUGCAGGAAGCGGAAGCAGGAAAUGUGAACUCUGACGUGAAGCACUACACACCCAAAGCCCAGACACUGUGAAAAACCCAGGCUUGGGCCUGGCAGUUCUGCAUAUGAACUUACUGUGGGCAAAGGUUUCUGAAGCUACCCAGCUUCAGGGAUUUCCGUCCUACUUAAUUUAUUUACAUGAAAACAUUUCUUUAAAAAAGUACAGCGUGUGUUGUUGUCAUAUUGAAAAAGCACGGAUGUUUUCAGCCAAUUUUUUUUUCUUUAAUUUAUUUAUUUAUAAUGAAUUAUUUGUUUUUGGAUUUUAUCGUUUCUGUGACACUUUCUAGAUUUAUAGAUUUUUUUGUUUAGCCAAAAAAAAAAUUUAUCAAAUUUUUUUUUUUCCCCAUUUACAACUCAAAACAUAAAUCAUACAUGUAACCUUAGCAACAGUGCCUUAUUUGGUAUGAAAUGAGGUGACUUGUCUGCAUAUUAGUCGUAGGUUAAUAAUGUUGCAUAACACCAAUGCAGGCUGAUGGCCCUCUGGUGCAGUACCCCCAGAGCAGAGCUUAAGUCAUGUGUGUCUUACUCAUCAGGCAGAACCUGGCAGUACCCUAUGUCAGGUUAUAACACUUCAUAUGUGCCUGUUCUGUAUCUCUGCAGACUAAAGAAAAACCCAUGCUGAUUUUGGCGUACUGUAUUUGGUUUGCAAGUGAAGAGUGUAUUUAUUCCUUCUAAAAAAUGUACAAACUGUCUUAACUUGUCUUAAUUAUCUCUUGAUGGUGCUAUUUUUAUGGUUAUGGUGUAGAUCGUGGCUGUUUUGUGUCCUCUUUUACGUCUGUAAAGCUACAUGUUAAUUUAUGUUUCCUACAGCCAGUAUUUAACAGGUUCUGAUUGCCUUGUUGUGUAUGCUUGCACAGACGUAGUAGGACCUAAGUGCCUUGCAUUGAAAUGUUCUGAAAGACUGAUAUUUAUCAUGUGUAAUGUGUGACAGUAUUAUGUUGCGGUUACCUUUUCACUUUGCACUUUGUCUUCCUGUAAAUGACACCAAUGAUCUUAAUACUGCUGUGUCUGUUUGCAUUGUACCACCAGGUGACAAUAAAAAUGUAUUUUUUUACUGAACGUU